CUUAUUUAAUCUCUGCUUCACGUCUUUCGGUAUGUUCUCGAAAUAUAAAAAAUAUCGAACCGUCAAGGAGGAGUACGACGAGAUCCUUGCGGAGCUUGGCGUCUCGCAACAAACCGUGCCUCCACUUCCGCCACCGAAGUGCCCGAGCAACAAAAGACCACGAAUUGAUACCUUCACGAACGACGCUUGCGCCAGUGGCAGCGGACCAGCCACUUUUUCAGGCAUUGUUGAUUGUGACGAAGGCACCUCGGAACAGCCUACGGAGAACGACCCAGGUAGCAACAAUGAAACUGCGCAGGCCAUGUCAAGUGACGAGAGCUCUGGAGAGAGCGAGACAAAUGAAGACGGGGAGCAGCGCUCGACCACUGACUCCUCAGACACCUCCACUCAGUCCUCCGGAGACUCGGACCAAGAGGGAAGAUGUUCUUAUUUCGCUGGACCUUGCAAUGAUAGACCUCCAGAGCAAGAACUUUCUGCAAGCGAGGAGUUCGCCUUGAUCGCCGGCAGGCACAACAUGACCCACGCCAACAUAAACGAGGUACUAGAUUUUUGCCGUCGCCGAGGAAUUCCCGACCUUCCAAAAGAUGCCCGCACAGUUAUGCGGACCGAACGCAAAGCGAAGCUAGAUAGCGAUCGUUCCUUUGCGCACUUUGGCCUCGAGGUAGGCAUACGUCAAGCUUUGGGGACCGCACCUGUUCCACGCGAGCUGAAGCUCCACGGCAACAUUGAUGGGCUGCCGUUAUACAAAAGUAGCCAGGUUGGCCUCUGGCCAAUAUUGUGCCGCAUAACAAACAUCAAGGCGUCUGCACCAUUUAUGGUGAGUGUCUACUGUGGCAAAGGGAAGCCGCCGAGCCUCCAAGACUACCUUCAUCCGUUCCUAGAAGAAGUCUCUCACCUCACCUCUAAUGGGAUGGUGAUCAAGGGCAUCCACGUUGACGUCAGUCUAACAGCGAUGGUGUGCGAUGCUCCUGCCCGAAGUUUUGUCAAAGCCGUAAUUGGACAUACAGGCUACCAUGCUUGUGAACGGUGCAUCCAGAAAGGCCAACACACUGAUAGACGGGUGACAUUUCCAGACUUGUAUGCACCAGAGCGAACAAACGCAUCAUUCCGGGCCCAGGACGAUGAGCACCACCACACUGGCCUGUCUCCGUUUUUGACGCUCAAUGUAGACAUGGUGUCACUAUUCCCGACGGAGUAUAUGCACCUCAUAUGCUUAGGCGUCAUGCGCCGACUUCUCCGCAAUUGGGUCUGCCAGGGACACAAGACGAGGUUGAGCAGAGAGCAACGAAACCGCCUCAACGAAGGACUGCGACAGUCAGCCAUGUCCUUUCCAUCGUGUUUCCAGAGGAAGCCGAGAGGCACAGAAGAACUGGACCGCUGGAAGGCAACUGAGUUUAGGACCUUUCUGCUCUAUGUAGGGCCAGUGCUUCUGAGGUCUUUGCUGCCAAAUAAGCAGUAUGAGCAUUUCCUGAUGUUCCAUGUGGCAGUGAAAAUACUUACAUCACCAGAACACCACACAACCUACAGCAGAUUUGCCCGGGACUUGCUCAGAUACUUCGUACAAGAGUUUGGUGGUCUUUACGGAGAGAAACAGCUUGUUUAUAAUGUUCACAGCCUCAUCCACCUUGCCGACCAGUGCCUGGAUCAUGGCCCUCUAGAUGAGUUUAGUGCUUUCCCAUUCGAAAGCUACCUGGGGAAGAUAAAGAAGAAGCUUCGAUCCCCCCGUGAGCCACUUGCACAGCUUAGCAGGAGGUUGUCUGAAGUCCGAGACGUUUCCCACAUGCUAACGAAAGAAGUGCAGAAGUCUGUCAAGCCAGGGGACGUCUUCAUGCUGAACAAGUCACCUGUUGUCGUCCUUGAGAUCCUUCAAGACAGUUUCAAGGGAGGCAUCUUGCCAAAUGCAAGAGACUUCUUCAAGGUUCCCAUGAAGUCAUCGGAGCUUGGCGUCUGGAGGUGUGAUACCUUUAGACAGGGGACCAAGGUCUGGCCUCUUUCGGAUAUCCUGGAGGGAGUACAAUGCGUGAUGCUCAAGUACAAGGAAGGACAUGUCAUAUUACCGCUUCUUCACCUGAACUGAUAUUUAGGUGAAGCCACUGGGUCACUGGGACGUUUGC